AUGGCAUUCGUGAAGGUGCUCAAGAAUGCCGCCUACUUCAAGCGAUUCCAGGUUGCACGGCGCCGGCGCAGAGAGGGAAAGACUGACUACCAUGCUCGCAGGAGGAUGGUGCGCCAGGACAAGAACAAGUUGAACAAUCACAAAUAUCGCCUUGGAAAGGAGGGGCUUGAUGGUGAGGACUAUCACAUCGAAGAUGAGGAGAGCGAUCAGCGCCCUUCAUGUGCAUUCUGGACGUUAGCUCUCAAGGGUGCAGUCGAUGGAGGUCUUCACAUCCCGCAUAGCACCAAGAACUUCCCUGGAUUCAAGGCAGCGGAUGAGAAGGGCGGCGAGUCCGAGUACGAUGCGGAAGCACACAAGGAGAAGAUCUUCGGCAACCAUGUGAAGGAGUACAUGGAGAUGCUACAGGAGGAGGAUCCUACGAAGUACGAAGCCCACUUCUCCAAGUACAUUGAGAAUGGCAUCGAUGCGGAGAAAAUGGAAGACAUGUACACAGAGGCGCACGAGAAGAUUCGUGAAGAUCCCGAGGGUGAGAAAGCCGAGAAGAAAGACAUCACAUACGAAAAGGAUGGGGACACCAUGAAGGCCUCUGACGGUACUGAGCACGCGAGAAGCCGCAAGAUCACGCUCGAGCAGCGCAGGGAAAAGGUCGCCGCCAAGAUCGCCGCCGCCCAGGCCAAGAUGAUGGAGGAGUGA